AUGGGUGGAGAGGCUUGGUCCCCCAAUACUGAUUUCGGUAUUGUCCGAAAGAUCAUCCUUAGCGACCUGAGUGCUGAUGAUACGGGUCCUGACUCUUUGAUUAUGGAAAUGGCCUCAAUUAACGAUGGUGUUGCAGUCGCGAAAUUUGAGACUCCAAGCAUCCCUGUCAAGACCAAAGGUAACAUUCUCGAGUCUACCGUCGAUACCACUGAUUUAAGGGUUAUGCCAGGACAGAAAGACAAUUUUUCUGGAUUCAUUGAGGAUCUAAUGAGUAGUGAGUCCAGUGAUGCUGAUCCCUCGAUGACUCUUACUGCCACCAACAUCGGUAUCUCGUCCUCCAUCACUUUGCGAUCUAUGGAUUACCUUUCGCAGAUGGUGCACUUGGGUCUAGUGAGUCUCGCUAAGAAUGCUGACUUGGACUUGGUGGGAGUCACUAAUAUCCCAAAGCUGCACUUAAUCAUGGGCGAUAAUGUUGUGACAGCUACAACAACGUUCACUGAUCCCGAUGCCUACGAACAUCCAUAA